CCCAUUCUUACCUUUUUCCCCUUUAUAAAACUAAACAUUCACAAUCAAAAAAAAGAGAUAUAUACAUACAUAAUUGGAAGUUUGAUUAAUUAGAAACUCAAUUUACUUGGUUUCAUACCAAAUUACAGAAUCUUUUAGAUUGCACUAAUAUGGAGGUUGCUAUGGAACUAGAAGAUGAUAUAUUAUUUGCAAAUUUGAGCAAGGAAAUUGCUCUACUAAUUAUGGAUGAAGAUGAGGAUCCUCUUGCUUAUCAACCAACUACAAACUCUAUUCAGGCUUUUUCUAGAGCAAUUCAUCCUCCUCCACAUGCUGAUUUCCUCUAUGAGCAGGCUUUGAUGAGAAGAGAAAGCAAAGGAACAGGAGUAUUUAUUCCACAGGCAACACAGCCAAAAAGAAAGCAAAAGAAAGGAAGAUCUAAUUCAUACUCAAAUUAUCAAAAGCAGUCUCAUGAUACAAGAAUCAUUUCUCAAGUUCCUAACAAGAAUUCUUUCAAACCGAUGAAUUAAUGGAUGAAGUUUUUUCAAUCUCUACUGAUUAAUUAAUUUGUUUACUAUGUUUAAUCAUUUAUGUGUCUAAUAAUUCUUUAGCCUUUAGGCAAUAUUGUAUGGCUAAUUAAGUUCUAUUGCUAUUUAUAUAAAGGUGAUUAUGUAAAUGGGAAAUCAAACCAUAUAAACACCUAAUUAAUAUUAGUCAUCAUAAAGGAGGGUGCAACCAAAGGUUUUGUAACCUUUCACUGUGUGGUGGACAAGCAUUUUGCGGUUAUCUAGUUUCACAAUAAGUCUGUCCUUGUUCCGGCGGUCAAUGAUAUUAAUGAUAGAUAUUAUUUUUUUAAUA